AAUUCUAAUCAUGGUUCCCCAGACUUUCGAUCGGACAAAGUCCCUCAAAUAAUUGCAACAAUAUUUCAAAUAAUAUGGGGUAUUAGAUUAGGAUGUGAGGAUACACGAUUUGAUAGCAUUCGAUCGAAAUUCACGUCUUUACUUGGAUUCUUCGUAAUACAAAUGAUCUGGGUGUGGACUAUUAGUUUACCUUUGAUCCUUUUAAAUUCACCUAGAAUAAGUGAUCCAAGCUCUGGUGGUCGGGAUGUGCAUUUCGGUAGUGCCACUGAUAUCGCAGGGAUAGUACUGUUUGUGUUUGGAUUGAUGAUCGAGAGUGUUGCCGACAUUCAAAAGUUCAUCUUCCGCCAGAAUCGUACAUCCCCGAAGCAGUUUAUGAAAACUGGACUGUGGUCGUGGAGCAGGCAUCCAAAUUAUUUUGCUCGUCUUAAAUUUGGUUUGAUCGGAAUGUUCUUAUUGUGUUUGCAACCAACGAUAUCUGGCGUUGGCACUAAUUUAGGAUAUCUGUCUAUCGCCUCGCCAAUCCUCACUAUUC